CUCGCCCGCCGGUCGCGUUAGCGUGCCAAGAGCAACCCGACGGCUCAAGUGCUGAGCCGACAGUCAGUGCCAACAUGCAUAACAUGCCUUCGCCGCGCCAUGGGGGAGCCGUUGGGGCCCUCCAAGUCUUUCAUCUCAUCCUCACAUCAUGUACCCAUGCACCAAAUGCGAAAGGACAUAUCGUACGCAAAACUCCUUGACGCGUCAUCAACACAGCCACCAAAAGACCUGCAAGCACCGCUGUUCAACCUGUGGCGUCGUCUUCCAUCGCAGGGAUCUUUUGUCGCGACACUCGAAGCUUCAUCAGCCUUCGUCUCUCAACGACACAGUUGAACCACCAUCUGCCCAGACCGGCAGUGCCAUUACCGCAUCGGGAAGGCAGCGAUGUCAUACAGCGUGUCUCCGAUGUAGAGAGUUGAGGACGAAAUGUGAUGGACAGCGUCCGUGCUAUACAUGUCGGAACACCGACUCUUCCUGCCAAUACUCCAGCCGUUCCAACAGGCUGAGCCAGGUUCUUCCGCAUGUCGCGACACCGGCCGCCGAUGCACCUCCACACGAGUCCAACCAACAUGGCGGCCAGCCAGACAAUGUGGGCUGUUUGUUGUACGAGGGAUCAUGCCUGCCUACCCAGAGCGUUGAGCAUCCUAGGGAAAACGAUCCCCAUCCAGGUAUCCAUCAUGUAGGCCAGAGCUCCCCAGACAGACAGUCAAUUUACGAUACGUACAAUGAUUGCUCGUUGGCGGGCAUAUCUAUUCGUCCCGAACACUCCACAUCCUCCGUCGCAACCGGUGAGACGUCCGAUGCUGGAACCAUGUCUUGGCCGUGGCUACACGAAAACCUCUUUCUACCUGCCGACUCCCACUCGUUUGCCAACAUGAUGAGCUCUGUGCAAUUUCCAUAUUCCCAAGACGAAACGCUUGCCGAACUUGAUUUGGAAUCUUUCAGCAAUCUUAGCUCACUGCCAACGCAGAGUCAUGCUAGCCAACCGGAAGUAGAAAUUCUCUUAGGGCAAGCUUCUACAUCAGACGGAUCGAGCAGCACCGCACAUGACCAAGCCUCAACAAAUAUCUUUGCCACGGGCACGUUGGCGGAUACGUGCAGUCUGGAUCAAGGUGUGUCGAUCACAUCCAGGGAAAAUCAAAAUCUGGUUAUUGAGAAUCUAGUCGGACUCGCAUCCUCACCAACGUGGAGUAAUCAGUCAGACAAGGACCAUGCAAACUCCUGGGCCCUCGCUUCUACCAAAGUUGCACUCGCAUUUGGGCUCACUGAUUACCAAGAGUGCUCGGGUUCGUCAGCGCUCUACGACUUCUGCGCCAAGUACGUAGAACACUUUGGACCACUAUGGCCCCUGUUCAGCUUACAAACCUUGGACCUCGACUCUCUUCAUCCAAUCCUAUUUCUCGUUCUUACUUCGAUCGGAUCGAUGUAUUGCGGCUCGAACGCGAGCAAUUAUGGGGCCAUGAUGCAUGCCACCAUCCGGAGCACUCUGACCAUGGUAUGGGAGCUUGAAAACGAAGAGCUCGGUCUUCUCUGGCUGGCACAAGCGCGGCUGCUGACUCAGGUAGCUGCGUUGUAUUUCGGACAGCCAAAGGCUUUCACCUACGCCCACCAUCUCGGCGCAUUGCUGGUCGCACAAGCUCGUAGGAUGGAUCUCUUUUCAGCCGCAUAUUUCAACAAAGCUAUGCAAAGGCUACAACACAUGAAAGACAUUGCUUCAGAUGAGGAACGUCUUGAGAUGUGGUUGCAACUGGAGACACGCCGACGACUAGCAUUUGGUAUAUUCCGCGGCGACAGCUACACUAGUGUGUUGCUACACAGCAAACCUCUAAUCUCAAUGGAGGAGAUUGACCUUCAGCUGCCAAUGUGCGACGCUAUAUGGCGAAGCAAGAAAAUGUCCGCUAGCUUGUGCCUGCAGAUGAUAGAGCUUGACCAAACGCCUAGUAGAGAACUUUGGGCUUCUGAUAUCUAUCGCAUCGCCAUGGAUAAAAAUGAGCCACUUCCACCUCUGGAUCCUGCAGGACAAGAGCUUCUCAUGUUCGGGCUGCAAUACUCCAUCUGGCGCUUUUCCAAGGACCAGAAUAUGUUCGCCCGUCUGUCCGGAGAUCUUGGAGGCUUUGACAGCGAUGACCUAUCAUCAGUUUCCUCUGAUAGUCCCUCCGAACCCAUUCUCGGCAGGAACCCUGGUUCAGAAAGACCAAGUACAAGACGUCUAUCAAAUAGCGCUACCAAGUCUUCAGAGACACACUGCUUGGAUAGUACAGUACGUCGAAUGGAGGAUUUACGGCAGCAGCACCGACGUUUACUUUCUGCUCUAGAGAAGUGGGAGCAAGGCCUUCCUCUAGUCAAGACAUUCGUGAGAACCAAUCUCGACCGUAGCUGUUUGAUGAGUGGUCUAAUACUCUUUCACUUGGGGCAUCUUCGCCUACAUGUCCCACUUGAAGACCUCCAUCAAAUCCAGUAUCGACUCGCCGAUAACCUUACUGUCGAAGACCGUCUCGUUAGUAAGGCGCGUAAAUGGGCCAACUCACGACAAGGUCGGAUUGCGGCUGAGCGGGCCUGCAGUAUCUGGAAGAUUAUAGACCGAGAGUCAAAGCUGGAGAAAGAAAAGAGAGUAAACUUCAAUCUCUUGGCUUUCAUAGGUUUACAUCACAGCGCAGUAGCUGUAUGGGCAUACACAGGAACACGUAAUGACAAAGUCAAUAGAAACUUUGUAGAGUCUUCAAACGUACUUGAAGGGCUCGAGGAAACCACUGCUAUUGAUCCGCAGGGAAUUGGCAUACUGUCGUCGUUUGUGGAUUUAUACGGCCGCAUAAGCCCCGCAGGCUGGUCGUCGUUUGCGAAAGCAGCAGCCACGCUAUCAAAGCAGCAUUUUCCCGACACAAAGGGAUAUUGAUUGAGAUAAAGUGGUGUGCGAUGGAAUUGAGAGGCUACCAGCAGCGCGCACCACCCAAGCACGUUCAAACAUUAGAUGUU